UGGGAUAAGUGAGAAAUUAAGCUCUACCCUAGUUCGAGUACCAAUGAUUCCAUUUAGAAAGUAUGAAGCUAUCAUUCUCAACCUUUUUACCCAAUAGGUUCUUGCUGGUGUACUACAAUAGCCACACAAAAUGUAGUUAAGAUUUUGUUUAAUUUCUUGGUCAUUAAGGAAUUCUUGUGGUUGGGGUUGGAUUAGGAAAUGGCAACUUUAUGAUUCCUUGGUCGAGGAUUAAUAGGGAUUGGGUGACUAAUCAAGAUACGUGUAAAUGAGAAUAUAAUUAAGAUGAACUAUGUAAUACAACUAUAUCAAAGAAGACUUAUUAUGCAUUGAAACAACCCAUAGUGCUCGGUCAUGUGUGCUACCUUUUCCUAUUCGAGUUAUAUGGAUAUCAUCAUGUUGACAAUAUUCAGUGUUAUUGGCCGAAUUAUGUGCUCGAUGGCGAAUCAGAUUGAUUUGCGGUUCAGGAAAAUUAAAAGUAAAAUAUACAUGUUGUUCGGCUUAGUGUUGUAUUGAACUUGACAUUGUUCUUCUCGAUCUCUUGUGAAAUCGUUUUCUUUACUAUGGUGCACCUUGCAUAUGGUGACUUAUUUUUGCUAGUUAAUUCAUCAGCUUCGUAUAAUGCUAUAGACGUUGGGUUUGAACAUGAAGAUUCUUGGUCCAGAGUCCAGACCUUGCUCUCACCAUUGUGAAGCAUAUUAUUCAAAAGAAAUACUGACCAAUGCUAUUAUGAUUGAGCUGACAAUAACAAUAACAAGGUCUACCCUCGAUGGAGAUAUCUCGUGAUAGAAGAAAUGAAGUUUAGGAAGCCAAAAACUCUAGACACGUCUACUUGUCAUCAUAGAACCAUGAAUUUGGAGGGUAAAAUUACUGAAGAUCUACUCAACAAAGAUGGAGAAACUAAGGUAGUGGAAGAACGUAUGAAAGAUGAACAGAAGCUAUAGGGAGAGCUACACAGGAAGCCUAAGCAUAUCCAAAUUUGUCCUUGGCGUGUACGUUCGGGUGGUGGAAUUAAUUAUGACCCAUCCUAUUCUCCUCCCUCAAGUGGGAACCACCCCAAAUUACAUGUAAUUGCUUUCAAGUACACAAAAUUUUAUUUUUUUUCACAAAAAACUUAAAAAAAGUUUGAGAAGUUACAAGCCAUUAUUUCUUGCUUUUGUUGUUGGGAGCUAGGAAGGACCCAUCAAUGGAGAGUGGUUUAAAAGCUUUUUGUCAAUGCAUAUAUCUCCAUUCCCUUUGGGCUAGGGUACCACCAAGAACAAAGGAGGGAGAUGUUGUGAUGAGAUAGGAUUAGGUUCAUGCUUUGUUUCAUAUUUUUUGGUGCUACUCUCAACUUUCUUGGACAAGAUUAUAAUAUUGUAGAUUUGGGUGUUUGUUUAUUGCUAUCUUUGAUUUUUUUAUUGUGGUAGUUGUCAUGCUCUACCAUGAAGUUUUGCUACAAUUGGGAGGGCAAAAACUAUUGGAGAGUGGGGUGUGGCAGGCAAAACUCAGGAAAGCAUGCAUUUUGGCUAGUGGAGAGGGCUUUCCUUAUCAUUAGGUUUCAAUGUAAUUGAUUAAUUGGUCCUACGACCCACAACAAUCUUCAUUAUCAUGAUGAAAGUGGCUUGUGAGGUCAGCUUGAGAGAGAGAAAAGUCAUUAAGUAAUUGACUUAGGUUGAAGGGAUAGAGUUAAUCAAAUUUGCAUGCCUUUAAUUGUGGGAUACUAGAUUUAAAGGUCACUUACUAGAUAGAGAUCAUGAUAAUGGGUAGUGAUUAGAGAAGGGGAGAAUAUCAAUUUGCUUAAUGUAAUUGGUGAACCAUGGCAAAUGAGAAUUCAUGUUAGUGUACACCAUAGAUCCAGUGAGGCUAACGGCUGACAAUAUGAAAGAAACUGUUAGUGCAUAACUUUUUUACGAGUGAAGUUUGAUUUCGUGACAUCCUAUUUCUUUUCUCCCAUUUGUUUUACAGGUAACUACGUGUAUGUGUAAGAACGAAUGAUGGGCAUGUAAUGAGUAAACCCAAAUUCCAACUUGUAUUUAGGUAUGAGCUGUUGGAAUAAUGUCGAGUAGGUUCAGUUUACUUAAACACGUACAACAUAAGCCCAUUUAGGGAAAACCUUAUAUAGAUCCACGAGUGAUCCCCAAGAUAAGAAAACCCAGAUCACGAUCAAAUUCUUACUCUCGUUACACGUGACAAGAUCCACAUUCUCCUUUUUUAUGACCGGCUAAAUUUAAAAUGAAAGUUGUUUUGGAAUGAAUGAGUAUGAGACUCUUAAGUCUCUAGAUAACUCUUUCUAGCUACAACUGAUGUUGAAUGAUCUAACAACCUAGCUAGCCUUCUCUUUUGUAAGUGGGCACGUUAGUAAGAUAAUUAUACAUCAACCAUGCACAUUCGACCUAACGAUAUUAUGUUGUUAAGUUCACAUGUUAAUCGAGUCAUCCAUCCAACAAAGGCCCCAAGUAAAAAAGAUAAAGCUGCCUGAAGACCGCUUGACCAGAAGAGUCCAUUCUUCCUCUUCCAAUUUCAAUUUUCAACCAAAAUUUAUUUUACAAGACAGAAACACGACAAUGAAAUAUGUUUGAAGAAAAAAGACAACAGAAUGAAUAAUAAUAAUAGAAAACUGGUUGCGUUACAGCAAAUUGUUCAAUGCAGGGGGGAAAGAACAAAAUUAAAAAGCCAUGAAACAAACUGUUUUGUAUAUGGGUUAAUCAUCAAAAUGGCCAUGGAGCGGAUAAGGACUGAUGCGAUACUUAGCACUCUAGUAAAUUAUGGGUUGUGUAGAAAUAGGUUAUCGAUUUGUUCUUUUGCCUCAGAUUUAUUAUUAUUAUUAUUAGUGGAUUUCAUACAAGUCUCAUACUUUCACCACUUAAAACUAUGAUGCGGGCAACAAAGUUUAUAUUUGAACUUCUCUUAAUAACUUUAAUUAAUAGGAUCAUUAACCAGUUCUUAACAUGAUACUAGAACAUAUAUAUAUAUGAGUGGUCUUGUGUUCAUAUCUUCACGAUUUUAAAUAAUAAAAUAUAAUUUUUAAUACAAUAAUGUAUGAUGAGUUUGUGCAAUCUUUAAAUUUAUGAAUUGAUUUUUAUUGGAUAACAUGAGUUAUUACGAUUACCUUAUUCUUGACAUUCUGGAAGAGGGUGGGGGGGGGGGGGGGGGGGGGGGGGGGGGGGGGGGGGGGGGGGGGAAUGUGUAGGGUUUUGAUGAAAGCACCCUAGUUUAGGUGCACCAAAGACAUCAAAGGAUUAAACUCCUCAGUCCUCAGCCAGGUUUUAAGUUCUUUGUGAUAUGCAUUAGUGUGAUGAAAAAUUGACUAUAAUGGACAGGCCAGCCACUAGUGAUUUGUUUUUUUUUUUUUGGUAUUGGACAAAAACGUUCAUUCAUUCAGGUCCUUUUUAACAAAACUAAUAGGGUGUGGUGUGUUUACAAAGGGAUGAAUUCAAUUCAAAUCUAAACUUUAAAGCUUAAGCCUCAUAUAACAUUAUUCAGCCUUUAGGGGGGAACUUAAUUGACCCAAAGUUUUAGAAUAUCGUGUCUAAUAGUCCAUCCAACUAUUUUUAUGUCUUCAUCUCAAAAGAGAGAAGCAAAGGAAAGAAAAUGGUAGGGAAAUGGAGAGACUAUAGAGAGAGAGAUGAAGGCCAUAGACACCAAAUGAUGGGAAGUCUUUGGGGGAAACUUUAUACUCUUGAAAGCAAGCAAUUGAUUCCUUCAUUUUCAGUCUAAAACUAAUAUAAUUCUUUGAUUAGCUAGUGGGUAUGAUCCUAGGAAAAUUUUAUUAGUUUGGAGGAGGAGAAAGAAUUAUUGGUCCACAUAAGUAAUCCUUUAUUCCUAUAAGUAUUAGCUUUCGUGUAAGUUUAAGGAUAUUACGUUCAUGAAUUUUUUGAAUUUUUGAAAGACAUUUUAAUUGUUUCGAAAAGUUCGUUUGAAAUGAAAAUAAAAAUGUUGCGAGCAAGAUCAAGACUCAAAACUAUACAUUAUCUACAUGUAUGUCAAUUAGAUUUACCAGACCCAUGAUCCAUGUGGAUUACCUUUCUCUCUUUUUAAAACCAUAUAUGUACCAUCUUUAAGUUUUGCAAUGAAAUUUGUAAUAUUUUCAAGUGAAGUUUCUUGUUUGACUUUGGAUUGGUGCAAACAGAUAGAGUGGUGCAAUGCUACAUGCAUUUAACAAGGAAAAUUAAAUGAGUCUAGACAUUAUGAUGUUUAUUAGUGUUGUAGCAUUAAUUACGUAUACAAAUAGUUGAUACCAAUAACUAAUUCUUUCCGAUGCUUAGCUUGGUCAUGAAAUAUUAUCCAUGACCAUGAUCAAAACACCCCAAAUCUCAUGGUUAAGCAACAAGGCGAGCAAGGAGCAACCAUCAUGCAUAUCACACUUUCGUUGAAUCAUAACUAGCUCAAGCAGAACUCGAUAAGCUUUUGUUCAUAUAUUGAUCCUCAAAUCAGAAGUAAAAAAAACAAUAUUUGUUUGUCCAGGGAGAACUGAAUCUAAUAAUAUCGACUCUCACGUAGAAAGGUCUGAAAUGAAAUCAAAAGACUUGUUUGAUUUAGUCCGAUCCAAACGGUCUGGUUUCGAUUUUUUCAUAUUGUUUUCUUGUUGUUAAAACUCAAAAUUUGACAAAUUGAAACAUAAUAGAAUCAUUGCUUAAUUAGAUGUGAUUCAAUUCAAAUGCAAGUUUCAUGCACUACCUAAGAAUCCUUGCCCACCCUUGUAUACUUGCAACCCCAAAAAGGAAGAUAAUGGCCCCAUCUCCAUCUUCAUCUCCCUCCCCAAGUCCCAACUUCUACAGCAAAACCACCAUGACGACAUAAUUCCCCUUCAGAAAAACAAACAAAAUAUUGAGAGCAACAGAGCCAAAGCCACCACCUUUACUAAUCCCCACUUCUCCUUCUCUCUAUAAAUACUCUCUCCCUAUCUUCUUCCUCCCCAACACCAUCUCCAUUCCCCCUCCAAACCUCCAGUUCCUCCCAAAAAUCGAAGAACCCACUAAUCCAAUCACACCCCACAACAAUGGCAGCCGGAAGGGAACCCUUCAACAUGUCGCCACGGCCAACAACAUCCCACGAAACCACCGCCGGCAUGGCAGCAGCAGAACGCUCCCCCUGGCAUUCCCCUGUUCCUUACUUGUUCGGCGGAUUGGCCGCCAUGCUCGGACUGAUCGCUUUCGCUCUCCUGAUCCUCGCCUGCUCCUACUGGAAACUGUCAGGGUACUUGGAAAACGACGGCGAGAGAGAUCUGGAGGCAGGGGAAGGCAGCGGGAAGGAAGGGGGCGAAGGUGGGGAGAAGAAAGCCAAGGAGUACGACGAGAAGUUCUUGGUUAUCAUGGCCGGACAGGUGAAUCCCACUUACCUCGCCACUCAAGUCUCCAGCCGGUCGUUGUCUUUCGGCGACGGCGAGAAGGCUUGCUCGUGCGGUGAGAAAGAAGGGAAAUUGGAAGGUGGGAAACAGGGGAGUGAUGGUGAAGAAGAACAUGUUGGAAACGACAGGGGAAUUUCGCGUGACGCCGGUGAAUCUUCUUCUUCGUCGUCGUUGGUGGCAGCUGCAACGGCGGCAGCGACGGAUGAGGAGGAAACGGUAGCGCCGCAUUGAUUCGGUGGUUUAACUUCUCAUUUCCUCUUCUUCCUCUGCUGCUGGGUGUGUUGAGGAAGGAAGAAAAUUUUUGGGGCAGAGUGCUCUGUUUUUUCUUUCUCAUGAUAGAGAGAUGGGACUCUGUUUUGUCUGUAUAUGAUCUAUAGAUAGCAAUUUUACUGUUUUACUGGUUCAACUUCUUAUUUGUGGUUUCUUGGGGGAGGGUUUGGUUUUUGCGUUUCCCAGUCCGGGAAAUGUAGAUUCUACCAGAGAUUUUGAAGAGAACAAAUAAUGCUUGAUCUUAGAGUGUACAAUCCGUGAGUUUAUGAUCCUCGUAUAAUAGAUUUUGAUAUUGAAAGAGAACAAAUAAUGCUUGAUCUUAGGGUGAGUCACGAAUUGAAAGAGAAAGAAGUGUAAUAGGUAAAGUUGGAAGCUUUUUUUUUUUUUUUUUUGCGGGGGAGGGAAAUAGCAGAGUGGCGGAGGAAAUUGUGGAAACGCCGGCAGCUGGUCCGGAGACCGGCGGUAUGCGGCACGUGACACUCACGUGUUUGUACGUUUUCAGUCUUGUUUCAGCUUUGCGUUUGAGGUUUCAUGCGACGGUUUGUAACCGCCACGAAAACAAAGAUAGCCCAUAAUUUUUCUAUCUUUCCCGGUGAUUGUUUCUUUCUGAGUUUGUUUGAAUGCAUGUUGAUCAAAUGAAACGGUUCAUACUUUUUUUUUUAAUGAAAACGGUCCAUACUUGAAACAUUAACCCCAUUUGGAAUGUGGGUUUUUUUUUGUUAUGUCAUAUGUUGAAGAUCCGGGAGCAUUUUCAGGUGCAUUGACGAAAAUUUGAUUUCAUUUAGAAACGAUUUAUGAGUUAAAAAACGUUAAAGGAAGUAGGAAUCGGAGUAGUGUGGGUGGCAAUUUCGAUAAAAUGCUCAUGCCCCAUAUGUGACAACGUACUCUCAUAGGACCGCACAAUUGUGGGAUUGUGAAAUGACGCUCCAUAGCUGUGACAAAAUUGUCACUGAAUUCAUUCAGUGACUGAGAAGCUCCCAUCACGUGAUUCAACGAUUGUGCACUCCCAGCUGUUAGCUUGUUCUCACAUAACGAGUUGUAAGUAUCAUAAUUGGGUCGGGUUGGAUGAGAUGUAUUGGAAUUUGGAAGUAGGCGCAUGCUACUAUAUUGGUGGUCUACCAGAACAUUAAUCAUUAGAACAACACAAGAUUGGGAUGGCAUUUGUGGUUGCUUGGAGUGAUGAUUACAAGAACAUCAAUGGUACUGCAAGAAGAUAAGAGGGAGCACGACUACUCUGAGUAUAGUAAUAAGACACAGCACUACUGAAGUCAGAUAAAAAGCAAACAGAUUAUGCUGCAACAAUUCCCUACAAGAAACAAAGAUACUGUAGGCCUCAUCAGCCAGCCAUCGUUCUACUGACUUGUGAAACAUAACAUAACAUAACAAAUGGAUCAUCAGUACUUGAUCAGUUUAGCUUAGGCAGCAGCAAUUGAAGGAGGGGAAACUAGAUUAAACUAGAGGUAGGUUUAGCUUAUAACAAACUUGGCCAACGGGUAUGGAGGAGAACUCCCCAAUCCCAUCGCUCUGCACCUCAACCAGAGAAGCCAUCACCACGCUGCGAGCCAUCUGGUUGGACAUGACGACAGAACCCCCCUUGUAACUGCAAGUCCGCAGCGAGCGCACAAUUGUGUCCAGCGAGCGCACAUCAUUAUUGCUUUGAUCAUCUGUAUUGCCUUCAACAUUACAAAUACGCACUUACAUCACUUAAACUAAUAAGUUCUAACUCUUGAUCUUCCUCAUCACCGCCCAACUUCAAAUAAUAUAGCUCCGUUUGGACAAUGGACAGUACAACCAUGUUUGACAUUUUAUUCCUUCAGUUGAUAAAAAAACAAAGAGAAGAAACUAGCUAGAACGGCAGAUUGGCAUCACUCCAAUUGGCAAACAAGAGAAGUUUUCUUUGUAGCAUAUUGUUGAUCUUGUUCAAAGUUGAAACAAAAAUGAAGUUGUAAAAAUGCA